AUGGUGCCCAGAGUCAAGGUGAAGGACAUGAACCAGCAGGAGUUCAUCUGGGCCCUGGCUGCCUGCCUGAAAAAGUCAGGGAAGCUGAAACUCCCCCAAUGGGUGAACAUGAUCAAACUGGCCAAAUAUAAGGAGCUGGCACCCUAUGACAAGAACUUGUUCUACACCCUGGCUGCCUCUACUGCCCACCUUGUACCUCCAAGGUGGUGCACGGGUGGGAUCCAUGACCAAGAUCUAGGGUGGGUGCCAGCACAACAGGGUCAUGCCCAGUCACUUCAGCAGAGGCUCCUAGAGCAUAGCCCAAAGGGUUCUGUAGACCCUGGAAGGCCUCAAGAUGGUGGAGAAGGACCAGGAUGGGGCCCAGAAGCUGACAAGUCAGGGACAGAGAGACCUGAACAGAAUCGCUGGACAGGUGGCCACUACCAACAAGAAGCAUCAGGUCAGACUACAUGGGAUUCACAAGAAAGGUCUGUUUCACUCAGGCAAAAGGGGGACGCAGCCCAGGACAAAAAGGAUCCCAGGAAGCCAACAAAAAGCUCUUCCUUAGCAAACCAGUGGGAGAUCCUGAGAUCUAGUGCAGAGGAGCAGGCAAAUACCAACAUCAGGCCCACCCAUGUGCCUCAGCAUAGCCAGGGGAAUGGGCAGACUCCAGUCCUAGAAGCUCCAUGUGCUUCAGUAUAG